AAACUAGCCUUCUCUUUCUUUGGCUGCAGUGCUGUCCGUUCAUCCGCCGAGAUCCGGUGCUCCCUCCAGCUGUUGGAGAAAAGAAAGAAAAGAGAGAUCCUAUUUUUCUCUUGAAAUCCCUUGGCAUAGCAAGCAGCUUACAUUGUGUGGACAUCUUUUCAAAAAUUUAGUAGAGAAUUGAGUGAAGUAAUCUUAAUUUAUUGCAAAGGGGUUUUGUUUUUCCCGGUUUCUAACUCUUGAGCCAACCCAGCCCCAUCAUGGUGAUGUUCAAGAAGAUGAAGUCUUUCGAGGUGGUCUUUAACGACCCUGAAAAGGUGUUCGGCAGUGGGGAGAAGGUGGCUGGCCGGGUGAUAGUGGAGGUGUGUGAAGUCACUCGAGUGAAAGCUGUCAGGAUCCUGGCUUGCGGAGUGGCCAAAGUCCUCUGGAUGCAAGGAUCCCAGCAGUGCAAACAGGCUUUGGAGUACCUGCGCUACGAAGACACGCUUCUGCUGGAAGACCAGCCAGCAGGUGAGAAUGAGAUGGUGAUCAUGAGACCUGGAAACAUAUAUGAGUACAAGUUCGGCUUUGAGCUUCCUCAAGGGCCUCUAGGAACAUCCUUCAAAGGAAAGUAUGGGUGUGUAGACUACUGGGUGAAGGCUUUUCUUGAUCGCCCCAGCCAGCCAACUCAAGAGACAAAGAAAAGCUUUGAAGUGAUGGAUCUAGUGGAUGUCAAUACUCCUGAUUUAAUGGCACCUGUGUCUGCUAAAAAGGAAAAGAAAGUUUCCUGCAUGUUCAUUCCUGAUGGACGAGUGUCUGUCUCUGCCAGAAUUGACAGAAAAGGAUUUUGUGAAGGUGAUGAGAUUGCCAUCCAUGCUGACUUUGAGAAUACAUGUUCCCGCAUUGUGAUCCCCAAAGCUGCCAUUGUAGCCCGCCAUACUUACCUUGCCAAUGGCCAAACCAAGGUAUUGACACAGAAGUUGUCAUCAGUCAGAGGCAAUCAUAUUAUCUCAGGAACCUGUGCGUCAUGGCGUGGCAAGAGCCUUCGGGUGCAGAAGAUCAGGCCUUCUAUCCUGGGCUGCAACAUCCUUCGAGUUGAAUAUUCCUUACUGAUCUAUGUUAGUGUGCCUGGCUCGAAGAAGGUCAUUCUUGACCUGCCCCUGGUAAUUGGCAGCAGGUCAGGUCUGAGCAGCCGGUCGUCCAGCAUGGCCAGCCAAACCAGCUCUGAGAUGAGUUGGGUAGAUCUCAACAUCCCUGAUACCCCAGAAGCUCCUCCUUGCUAUAUGGAUAUCAUUCCUGAAGACCACCGAUUGGAGAGCCCCACCACUCCUCUGCUAGAUGACACAGAUAGUUGCCAAGACAGCCCUAUUUUUAUGUAUGCUCCUGAGUUCCAGUUCAUGCCACCACCUACUUAUACUGAGGUGGAUCCUUGCAUUCUAAACAACAAUGUGCAGUGAGCAUAUGGAAGAAAAGAAGCAGCUGUACCUACUUGUUUCUUUCUGCCUUGCUUCCUGGACUCUUAUUUUUUCAGAGACUCAGUGGUCUCUACAGUGGGGUAUAGGUCCACCCCAGCCUCUGACUCCCCAAUGUUAGGAGGUGAUCAGCAGGCAAUCUCCUGGGCCUUAAAGGGUGCGCACUCGUUCUCAGCCAACAAGAUGUUGUGAUACAGGAGUGUUUGCUGGAUGGGUUUAAAAUCACACUAGACAAACUCAGGCCCAUCCUGUUUUCUCAGAUCUUGAAAAUUGCGGCAUUUUCAGUAGUUUUGAAUAAGGGGUAGAAAUAGCCUCCUGGCAUGGUUUUCCCAAGGUUUUUUGAAGGGUAUUACAGAUGGUGAUAACAGUAUUAGAUCUUGAACUUACGUGCCAUGUGGAGCAGAGCUAAUUUAGCAAACUAGGAAAAUGAAAAAAAAGUGAUGGCCAAAACUUUGGGAAAAGGAGAUUCUUAAAAUCAUUGUUGCCCUUUGUUUCUAUACUUAUAGAAAAAAAAGAAAUACUCUCCAGAGAUGAUUUGGUUUGGACUUUGGAGAGAGCUUCCCAUUUGAAUUAAAGGGAAGAAAGGUUAUCUUUGCUUAAAAUGUACUUCAAUUUGGCUUAAAGCAGUAGUAACUGUGCCCCGUGAAAGGUCUUAAAAGCCAUUUUUAGAGCCGAUUGCACUGUGUUCUCCUGUUGCGAACAUUUUUCAUGUGGGAGAAUGUUUUUCUUUUCAUGUGACUCCUUGGAAUUGAUUCUGAGGUGAUGUUCUUAGCACUUUAGUUCCUGUCAAACUUUUUGGGUUUUUUUCCCCUCAUACGUAAGCUAAAACUGGUCUACUACGUCUCUAGGGGUAAGCACAAUGACAAAAAAA